GGAAUCCCCUUGGAGGAAAUGUAGACUCAGGCUCAGCACACAGGGUUCAGUAGGCAACCUACACCCCUGAAACAUCCACGUCCCUGCUACAAACAUUUCACUUUGUCACUCCAACAUGAAGGUCUCCAGCAUAGACUGUCGCCGCCUGAGGAAGAUCAUACGGAAGGAGUGUGGAAGUUGUCUGAUUGUGGACUGUAGACCGUAUUUCUCGUUCUCCAGCUCCAGUAUCAGAGGCUCCGUCAAUGUCAACUUGAAUUCAGUGGUGGUCCGGAGGUCCCGCGGCGGUCCGGUGCCUCUACAGUUCAUCAUCCCGGACGAGAAAGCGCUGUUUCGGCUCCGCGAGGGCAGCAUCUCCGCCGUCGUGGCUCUGGAUGACCGCACACCUCAUUUACAAAAACUGAAGAAAGACAGUAUUGCUCAGAUUGUCAUUAAUAGUUUGGCGCACUUGGCGAGUAGCGCGAGCAUCUGCUUCCUGAAAGGAGGCUACGAGAACUUCCAUUCCCAUUACCCCGAGCUUUGCACUGAAACCAAGUCUGUGGAUCUGAGCGAAGACAAAAGUGAAAGAGGCGUCAGCAGUCACUGUGACAAACUGGGUUCUCACCACAAACCAGACUAUGAUCAGGGACGGCCGGUGGAGAUCUUGCCUUUCCUAUACCUGGGCAGUGCCUAUCACGCCUGUAGACAGGACUAUCUCAGUGACCUCCGCAUUACAGCGCUGCUGAACGUCUCACGCAGGGACUCGCGGCCCGCCAAAGGACUGUAUGACUACAAAUGGAUCCCGGUGGAGGACAGUUGUUCGAGGCUUCUUUAUCAGUCUGGCUUGAAGUUUGACUUGUCUGUGUUUUUGGUGACUCAUGCUGUUAUUUCGAGAGCUUUUGUAAUGAAUUCAUGUACUUUUCUCUCCACAGAACGUGUGAAAGCAGAGGGAGGUAAAGUGCUGGUCCACUGCGAGGCUGGAAUCUCUCGUUCUCCCACCAUCUGCAUGGCGUACAUCAUGAAAACCCAACGGUUGCGCUUGGAGCAGGCCUUUGACGUCAUCCGACAGCGGCGUGCCAUCAUCUCGCCCAAUUUUAGCUUCAUGGGUCAACUACUGCAGUUCGAGUCGGAGGUGGUUUCUUCCACGCCUCCGUCCGCCACUCCUGCCGCUCAAGAGACGCCCACCUUCUUUAGUGGUGACUUCACGCUCGAAACCGAGAACUUCGAGUCCUCGGUUUUCACCUUCCCUACCUCCUUCCUGACACCAAUGCCCAUCCAGUCGUCGGUUCACCAGUUCAAACUGAGUCCAAUAACUGCGCUGCCUUAAAAUGGCUGCCUGACUCAUCGCAGUCUCAGUGUACUUGAAAAAUAAUGGACGGGCGAACUGAAAAAAAGCAAUGGACUAUCACAGGGAAUAAAAAUGCUUAUGUUUUCAUAUUU